AUGAGCGGACACGAGGCAAUUAACCCCAUCCACCCUUCCAUGGUCGGCAAACUCGAUCCAGAGUUUGAGAAGAUGUAUAAUGAGCACGUUGCCAAUACCCCCAACCGUCCUAUCGAUCUUCCUUUGCUUAGAAAAAAUUACAAUAAAAUCUACUCCUAUGGAACUGCUCCUGCCCCAGAAAUCAAGAACAUUGAAAACAUAAAAUUUCCAAGUUUUGAUGGCGAGCAAGUGGCUUUGAGAAUCUACAGGCCAAACGACUACUCAGAUUCUGAGAAAUUGCCUGUUCACUUGGAUUUCCAUGGAGGCGGUGCGGCAGUUGGUGAUCUCGACACUGAAGCUCACAUUCUGAAAGAGUACGUUGCAAGAGCAAGAAUUGCCGUUGUGGACGUCGAUUAUAGACUAGUUCCGGAAUACAAAUUUCCCACCGGCGUCAAGGACUGCUUUGAAGCCACCAAAUACGUCUACGAGAACGCUGAUGAGCUUGGAUUUGAUAAAAGUUCCAUAUCGGUCGGGGGAGUUUCCGCUGGCGGCCACAUUUGUUUGGCUGUAGACCAUCUCUGCCGCGACAUUGGGCUCAAGCUGGUGCUGGUUUGUGCCGGUACUCCCCAAAUUGCGGAUAUCUCGAACGUCAAAACCGCAGCAGACUCUCCAUAUCCUUCGAUCAAAGAGUGUGAGUUCGCGCCUACUUUGAAUUGGGCACGUUUGAAAUGGUUUGAUGACAUCAAGUGGAAGUGGCUCAACGAUCUGACCGAGGAGCAAAAGCAGAGGGAAUUGACCGAAAUUGGGUGGCUGAAAGAUUUGAUGCUGGCUUCCAAUUUCGAGGGAUUGACCAAAACUCUCGUUUUCACUGCUGGAUUGGAUCCUCUACGUAGUGAAGGCCUUGAGUACGCCAAAAAGCUGAUGGACCACGGAAUAGAGGUUGUGUACAAAUGCUACGAGGGCGUGCCACAUCCUUUCCAGCAUAUGAAUAAGAACCUUUGGCAGGCACGUGACUUUAUCUACAGAACGUCUCUGGAGCUGGCUCUGGCCCACAGGACUUUAACUUUUUAG